AUUCAGUAUUUUAUUUAUUUAAAUAUAUAUUAUAAUGAUUUAAUACCAUCCUCUUGGCCAACUCCAAUUGCUGUUCUUUUCUCAUGCAUGACUCAAUCGAAGACCCAUUCAAUUCUUUUCAAACCAAUUCAGACCAAACCCACUUUCUCUCUAAAAUCUCUGUCUUUCUUUACUAGAAUUUAGUUUCUCUAUGCUACAAUUUCCCAACAAUGGCUUCCCUCUUCUUCUUUUUCCUUCUCUCAUUCUUUUCUCUCUUACCCUUCUCCUUGUCCGAGCCCAAAGGUGUUGCGAUUGAUUGUGGCGCGGUUGCUGACUCUGUAUUUGAAGGCCGGCGAUGGAUUUCCGACGAAAGUUAUGUUACCGGCGGAAUUUCCAAGAAUGUGACCGUUCCGGUCAUGGUUCCUAUUCUCUCGACCGUCCGAUCGUUCCCUCUCGCGAACAAUCUUCACAAUAAGUUUUGCUACACCAUUCGGGCUUACCGCGGAGCUAGGUAUAUGGUACGGUCGACGUACUUCUAUGGAGGGAUCAACGGUCGGGAUUCGCCGCCGGUGUUUGAUCAGAUUUUGGAUGGAACUCUCUGGACAGUGGUCAAUACGACGACAGAUUAUGCUAAUGGAGUGUCGACGUAUUACGAAGGGGUUUUUCUUGCUCAGGCGAAUGUUAUGACUUUCUGUAUUGGGGUUAAUACGUAUACGGAUUCGGACCCUUUUAUAUCCUCUUUAGAGUUUAUCAUAUUGGGUGAUUCUUUGUAUAAUUCCACGGAUUUCCAGAAUUAUGGUCUUCAUUUAACUACAAGAAAUAGUUUUGGGUACAACGGACCUCCCAUUCGAUACCCUGACGAUGAAUUUGAUCGGAUUUGGGUGCCAUUUGGAGAAAACAAUCAUACCUUGGCAGCUAAAAACGUAUCUGUUUCUGGUUUUUGGAAUCUUCCACCUUUGAAAGUUUUCCAAACAGAGCUGACAAGUGACCCAACACAACCCUUGGAGUUCAACUGGCCUCUGUUGUCUCUUCCAGAGGCAAAGUACUAUAUUGCGUUGUACUUUGCUGAUGGUAGUAACUCAUCAGAGAACUCGAGGGUGAUGAACAUUAGCAUAAAUGGGGUUCCCUAUUACCGUGAUCUAAAAGUGACUAAAGCAGGUGUUGCUGUCUUUGCAUCUCGGUGGCCUCUACAUGGUACUACAAAGAUUAGUUUGACCUCAUCUGCAGGAUCAAACUUAGGUCCUUUAGUUAACGCAGGGGAGGUUUUGGCACUGCUCCCUAUUGAAGGAAGAACUGUCACCCGAGAUGUAAUUGCUUUGAAAAAAUUGAAAGACAGUCUGAAAAAUCCUCCCCCUGGCUGGAAUGGUGAUCCUUGUUUGCCUCGUCAGUAUACAUGGAUUGGCAUCACUUGUUCAGAAGGCCCUCGGUUUCGUGUUCUUACCUUAAAUUUGACUGGCAUGGACCUCUCCGGAACUGUACCAUCUGGUAUUAGCGGUAUGACUGCCCUGAAUGGCAUCUGGCUUGGGAAUAACAGAUUAUCAGGACCCAUUCCUGAUCUCAGUCCUUUAAAGAGGCUAGACAUACUGCAUUUGGAGGAUAAUCAGUUUAUUGGGGAAAUUCCUUCAUCUCUCGGGCUCAUUGAUAACUUGCGUGAACUCUUCUUGCAAAACAACAACCUGACUGGUCAAAUUCCAAGUAGCCUAAAUGGAAAACCUGGACUGGAUUUGAGGGUCACUGGAAAUCAACUCUCGUCACCUCCACCUACUUGAUAAGAUUUACGAGUCAGAAGUACAGAAAAUUGAACCCCCAACAUACUAUUUCUCAUAGUAGUACAUAUUCUUACUUAGUGUGAGCUCUCCCAUCAGCGAAUCAACAAAGCUCUUUUGCUCAGCUUUUAGUUUUGACGAAAUUCCCUGUAUACUUGUAACAUGGCCAUUUUCUGUGUGUAAAAAGGAAAAGGAGAGAGGAAUUUUCAUAUAGUUAUAUAGUUUUAGUUAAUUGUUUGUCAGUUUUAUUCUUUUGUUUUCUUGGCUCUGUACCACUAUUAAUUGUUCAUAUACAUUUAACUCAUUUUUCAGAGUAACGAUUUUCUUUCAUUUUUCGUAUUAUAUAAUUAUCGUAGUAGGAUUAUUAUAUUAUAUAAGAUGAGCAUGAUGACAGUAAGUGUCCGUUAUGUCCCCUUCACUUACAUCUGAAAAAUCUUUAGUGUCCUGUCUUAGAAAAGCUCAGCUCUACCUCAAACAUAACGUUGACACGAGUAGUCAACUUGUUAUGCCUGCCUCUCACGUUCAUAGCUUAGGUGGACAAGUUUGUGUCACCAUCAUUUGAUUCCCUUUGUCCAUUUACACUUUUCCUAUUUUAUUAUUAUUAGUUGUCUUUUGGGGGUGUAUUAAUUUCUUCUUAUGAAGAAGGAAAUGAUGUAACUGUACUACCUCAAAUGUUGCAAUGUCAGAUCAUACUCAGUCUACUGUGAAAACUCAGCUUUAGUUGUAGCUUGUUUGAUUCAUAGAAAUGCAUGCAUUUUCAAGAAGAUGAUGAAGAAGAGUAAGAACCCAACAACACCAGCAACACUAAAAAGUCAGAAUUUACACUAUGAUACUUGAGAUCCACAUUAAUUAACAUUCUAAUGGAGGAACAUAAGAAAACUUGAAAAUGAAAUAAACAUUAAAAAAAAAAAAAAGAUUUAACAUAUCAAACAACACUACAGAUCAAACCAUCUUUUUUUUUUUUUUUUUUAUUUUAGCUACAAACUCUCUUUCAUUCUCACCUCUCUAAUCUUCCUCCUUUCCUCAAAGGAAACAAUGGUGGCAAAGCACUGCUAGUCUUCAUCUGUGUGCAAAUGGGUACAUUAAUCAUUGGUCUUAUUCUAAUAGUGGCUGAUCUUGUUCUUUCCAAGCCUUUCCUUAUCCCCUUAACAUGUUUCUCAGCUCUUUGUCUAAUCCCUUCCUUGGUACCUUCAUCAGCUGAAGCUAUAUCAGCUAGUGAGCUUGAUGAAGAUGAAGAUGAUGAAGAUGAAGAUGAAGGGGACAGAGUAGAAGCUCUUUGCUUCUUCAAUCUCAACAACUCUUUCCACAAAACAGUGCACUUUGGUGGCCUUGGAGAAGGGUCAUCAUCAACAAAAGACCAAUUUAUUCUAUUGCUAUUAUUAGUAUUAGUAUUAUUAGUAUCAGUAUUACUCUCUUCUUCACUAACCUUUCUUCUUCCUCUUCCUCCAUCUUUUUCUUCUUGUUGUUCUUGUUGUCCCUCUGAAUCUUUGGUUCCAAGGUUGAGCUUGUUAAGCUUAUUCUCAACAUGUUGCAUCUGCCAAAAGGGAAGAAGUUUACCUUCAAAGAAAAGCUCAUCUGCAGUUAUCAUGUUGUUGUGACUGGCUAUGCUGUUGUUUGAGAGAAACUCAAACUCUGGAUUACGUGCCUUACUUUGUUGAUGAUUAUUAUGACGAUGGUGGUGAUGAGCUUUGUUUUCACUCUCUAAUACUAUUUCUCUUUUGAUUAUUGGAGAGUUUGGACUAAUAGAGAUGAAGUUGUUAUCAUCUAAAAACUCAGCUGAGAAUGAAAUCCUUGGGCUAGAAGUUGGUUCAAGAGAUCUAGAAUCUGCUUGAGGUGUUUCUAGGACAACCAUUUUUUCUUGGUUUUGGAUUUAAGACAAGAGGAGGAAGAAGGUGUUUUUUUUUUACUCUUUCAAGCCAAGUGUUUUUUAGUGU